AAAAAAAAGAAAGAAAGAAAAGAAAAACUGGGACCAAAUUUGACUCUGUGGGUUCUCCAGGGUUAAAUGUUUUCAAACAUACAUCAACUAAUAAAUCUUUUUCUUAUUUAUUAUUUAAAAGUUUCCAAAUUAACUUACAGGGACAAUUGUAUGAUUUGUGUAUGUUCAGGUUUAUUAUUUUUGCUUUUUUUUUGGUACUCCAGUGCCUCCAUAUCAGGAGCCAAGAGAGCAGCUUGAGGUGGUGAAACUCCGGGUAACACAACAGACCCACACAAAAAUGUCAUUACCUCCAGAAUGCAAUCAGGUAAUGCCUGUGUGACUGACAUCCUCAGAGCCACUGCCUGCCCCUGCAAUCACGAGAAGUGGGGUUGCAGUCCCUCAUGCGGCUGCUGCGUAGAGAUUUAUGUGGGACUUGGUCCAAAGCAGAAACACGCACAGCCUCGUGUGUGUUUGUGUGGAAGGAAGGAGCCGGUUUGACUCCAUCCACGUGAAGAUGCGUUUCAAGUCUUAACCCUAAAUCCCCGAAGACUCAAAUUACGCAGCGCGCGCGUCAUAAAUUCGCCAUCCUUGACGGAGGGGCAGAGGAGCAGAGCAGCCCUCCUCCAUCCCUCCCUCCCUCUCUCUGAGUCUUUUUGGGGAGUUCUCUCCUCGCUGCGCGCGUCGACAGGCGGUCUCCCUCCGCUCGGCACGGCUUGGAGCGGACCCGCGCGCUCGCUCCACGGGCAUUUCACGCGGCAUGGAGUUGACAUAAGACUCGACAAAAGCAAGUCCUGCUCCUGAAAACAAAGUUAACCCCUCAGCUUCAGCUUCGGCCGCCAGUUUUCAUGUGUUUUGUGUGUUUGCGCUCUGCCGGCGCGUUUUUCCCUUUCCACGGUUCCGGCGCGAUUCACCCCGUGGAUGCGGCUUUUGCGCUCGACGCGCGCGUGCCCUGCAGGAUCAGCCUGUCGUAGGGCAUCAUGAUUUCGAAAUCCACGAGGAUUAUUCCCCCUGGCAUGCUGCUUCUGGUGCCCAUGCUGUCGUUCUUGUCCCUAACUGGAGCGGCUCCUUCUGUGACCACGGAGCAGCUGGACAUGGGGGUGGACUGGCUCAGUAAGUUUGGCUACCUCCCGCCCCCUGACCCGGUGACCGGUCAGCUUCAGACCAAAGAGGCCCUGACCAAGGCGAUCAAAGCCAUGCAGAAGUUCGGAGGGCUGAAGGAAACUGGAGUUUUCGACCAAGCCACUCUCGGCUUGAUGAAAACACCCAGAUGUUCGUUGCCAGAUGUGCCUCAAGUGGAGGCAACGCUUGGACGUAAAAGGAGGAGCGUGACUCCACCUAACAAAUGGAAUAAGAGGCAUCUCACGUGGAGAGUGAGGACCUUCCCCAAAGACUCGGCUCUGUUGGGCAGAGACACCGUCCGAGCUCUCAUGUACUACGCCCUGAAAGUCUGGAGCGACAUCGCGCCUCUCAACUUCCACGAGGUGGCCGGGAACGACGCCGACAUCCAGAUCGACUUCACCAAAGCCGACCACAACGACGGAUACCCCUUCGACGGUCCGGGAGGAACGGUGGCCCACGCGUUCUUCCCCGGAGAGAGAUUCACAGCCGGAGACACGCACUUUGACGACGACGAGGCGUGGACGUUCAGAUCCCCGGACUCUCACGGGAUGGAUCUGUUCGCAGUGGCAGUCCACGAGUUCGGUCACGCCAUCGGCCUCGUACACACCUCCGCCAUGGAGUCCAUCAUGAGACCGUAUUACCAGGGUCCAGUGGGAGACCCUCUGAAAUAUGACCUGCCCUACGAGGACAAAGUGCGAGUCUGGCAGCUCUAUGGAGUCAGAGACACAGUGUCCCACACAAACCAGCCAGGCAACCCCUCGCAGACAGCUGAGCCUCCUGUCCUUCUGGACCUUCCCGAAAACAAAUCCACUCUUCUGCUGACAGGAGACGUUCCAGACAGAUGCACCAGUCACUUUGAUGCUGUGGCCCAGAUACGAGGGGAGGCCUUCUUUUUCAAAGGAAAGUAUUUCUGGCGGCUAACAAGAGAAAAGCACCUGGUGUCUCUGCGUCCCGCUCAGAUCCAUCGCUUCUGGAGAGGCCUCCCAACCAACCUCGACAGCGUGGAUGCCGUCUACGAGAGGCCCGGAGACCACAAGAUAGUGUUUUUCAAAGGUCUGAAGUACUGGGUCUUCAAAGACAAUAUUGUGGAGGAGGGUUAUCCCCGUCCAAUCAGUGACUUUGGUCUGCCCGUGGAGGCGGUGGAUGCUGCCUUCGUUUGGCUACACAACGACAAAACAUACUUCUUUAAGGACAACCGCUUUUGGCGCUAUGACGACCACCUGAGACGCAUGGACCUGGGCUACCCAAAAGACAGCAUCCUCUGGAAAGGACUGCCUUCAGAACUGGAUGAUGCCAUGAGAUGGUCUGACGGUUCAUCCUAUUUCUUCAAGGGGAACGAGUACUGGCAGGUGCCGGGCAGCGACAUGGAGGUGGAGGCUGGUUCCCCUCGCCUCAUUGCGAAGGACUGGCUGUUCUGCACGGAGAUGCAGUCGGACUCUCCGGACACGGAGGCCAAAAGCACAGAGACGAGAGUCAACGUGCACCGCCACCCUGACCACGCAGAGAAUGGAUUCGAGGUGUGCUCCUGCACCUCCGACACCGCCUCACCUUUAUGCCCCUCCCCGAGCCCAAUGUGGCUUCUGGCCCCCCUUUGGACGCUCCUGCGGAGCCUCGGCUCCCACCUGCUAUGAUGCUGAAACUCAGGACUAAAAGCUACAGCAGCUGGAAAAUGUUAAUACUAUAAUCUUUUGGAUUUUUUUCUUUUUUUUCACUAUUAUUUAUUAAAGGUGUCGGUUUUUGGGACACCGCCAACAUUUAUACGAGCGCCAUCCAAGUUUUAAUGCUUUAAAAAGGUUUCAUUGAGUGAUCAAAAUGUCACUUGUCCACAAGGUAAGGCCUAAUGGAGUAAAAGCGUGUUCCCGGAGCGCUAAAUGGGGUUUCUUUGUUCUUUGGGUGCAGGAAACUCUCACAAACACUCAUUUCAUUCAUUGUGAGCCACAACAAAGCUAAUAUUAUUUACUUUCAGACUUCCUUUGAUAAGAAAGCAAAAAUAUCCCACUUUAACAUACUGUAUUUUCCACACUAUAAGGCGCACUGUCAAUAAAUAGUCUCUUUUCAAUCUAUAAGCCACAAUAUGUAUGACAAAAGUCUGUCAGUCAGUCAGACUUUAUUAACAGCAUUCAAAGAAAUUCUAAGACCUUAUUUUGUUAGCCAUGUUAGAAGCAUUUGCGGCUCGCAACCUUGUUUGCAACUCAAAAAUACACUAACUGGCACUUCUAAAACAAAUGGUACUGUGACUCCGCCAACUCCAGAUCUUUUAAUAGCAUGUAAAAAACGCACAAAUCGACAACACUACACGUUAGCCUGUUAGCAUAUUAACAACACCCAUCCUUGAUUGCAAGUUGCAACACAGAAAAACUAACUAAUACCACUAAAACAAACGUUACUGUGACUACACAAGCCUAGUCAUUUACAUGUAAACAACACAUAGUUCAACAAUGCUACACGCUAGCCGUGUUAGCAUUUUAGAUUACCCCCCAACCUUGCAUACAGCUAAAAAAACUGACUGACACUGCAAAUGCAAACGUUACUCUGGCUAUGCCUUGUUAGCAAAAGACACACAAUUCAACACCGCUACACGUUAGCUGUGUUAGCUUAUUUACAACAACACCCAACCUAGUUUGCACCUCCAAAAAUUGUCUGGCACUGCUAAAACAAAGGUUAAUGUGACUAUGCUAACUCCCAACCUUGUUUGUAACACUUAAAAAAAUCAAAGUCCGACACCGGUUCACUUUAGCAGUGUUAGCCAUGUUAGCAUAUUCACAAUACCUGAAAUUUCCAAUCUUGUUAGAUACUCGUAAAAAAACUGACUGAUACAGCUGAAACAAACUUUACUCUGACAACACUAGCUCUCAACCUUGUUAGUUUCAUAUAGAAAACACACAGUUUGACACCGCUACACAUUAGCUGUGUUAGCAUAUUUAGAGUAACACCCAAUCUUAUUUACAACUCAAAAAACUGACUGACAAGCAAACGUUACUCUGACUAUGUUAACACCCGACCUUGUUAGUAAUACAUAAAAAUCAUAAAGUCCGACAGCCGCGUUAGCGUAUUUAUAAGAACACCCAACCUAGUUUACAACUUGUAAAAGAAACUGACAUUUUGACAAAAUGCUGUGUAGCUCUCAAAAUCGCUUCCACAUCAGUAAACAAUUAAUCUAUAUAUAAGGAAGGCGCACCGGAAAAUAAGGCUCAUGGUCGUUUUUGAAAAAAAUUAAGGCUUUAGGUGCACCUUAUACUGUGGAAAAUAUGACUGUGCCUAUUAGGUAAGGAACUAUUUUUUCCCAGUUUAACUUGUUAGAAAUGAACGCAUUAGCGUUUUAAUCUUUUACAUUUUAAACUUUUAACUAAAGAGAUUUAUUUUCUUCCUCAGGCAAUGCCAAGGUUGACCUGGAUAACUAACAUAACUCACUGUAAUGAAAUUCUUUCAAAUAAAUUCUUAUGAAAAAUUGUUUAGUACAGAAACAGGAAUUUAGAGUAACACAAACACUGCUCCAAGAGCUUGUAUACAAUAACUGUCAAGGUAUUCAGAACAUUAGGAAAAUAACAGUUCAUUUGUCACUUUGGUUAAGAUAAGAUAUAGUUUGUAUCCAUGUGGUGAGAAAAUCUUUGCAGCUCUACAGCACAACUAUUCAUUUGUUGUGAGAUGUCUGCAAAAGUAGAAGUAAAAGUAUCCACCGGGUGAAACAAACACAAUUCAUUUAAUUUUAUUAUGUGAAUGUGUUUCUAUUACACACACACAAAAAUUAACAGUUUUUAAACUCAACAAUCCAAUGUGGAAUACAAUCCUUACUUUUCAAAGUAAAACAAACAGCAGCAUCAUGUUAUCUACCAUAACUGUAUCACUUAUCAUUACAGUAAGAAAUGAAAAGUAUUUUUCUGUUUUUUUUAUAUUUUUUACUGUUAUUUUAAUACACUAUGAAACCAAAACUCAGAAUGUUUUAUGAAAUGGCCAAAAGUUUCCCAGAAAACAGCAUUUUCUAAUUUUAAGAGGAGAAAACAUUAGUUUUUGCGUCCUGUUUUUGUAAUAUUUUCUUUAAUUUUUACCGACAUGGAGGAAAUUCCUUUUGUGAUUUUUUUUUAAAUAAUUUUUUUUUUUUUACUCCAAAACCGCCACAAACAUUCUACACUUUACUAAAUUCUCAUUAAAACCUUGCUGCCUCAUCUCUCACAUGAACAGAGCACUUUUCUUUUGUUGAUUUUUUGAACACCUUUGGAAAAUGUAGUUUUUCUGUCGACUCCUAGCUCAUGUCGCAUUUUUUUAGGCAUAAUUUUUCAGAAACGUCCUUCUGGACUGACUCCUGUUCAGCAUCUAUAUACGAACUGAAAAGGUGGAAGUGAGAAACACCAUCAAGUUGACUGUAUAUUUGAAGCCGUGUUUUUUAAUGUAAAGUAUUUUUGUAAAAAACCAAAACAUUAAAAACUACAACUGA